UUUACUACUUAAAUUAAACAUAAUGGUUCGUGGGAGAGAUGCCUGUUGGGAACAUUGUGUUCUAGUUGAUGCAACUAGGCAAAAGGUUAGGUGUAAUUACUGUCAGAGGGAGUUCAGCGGAGGAGUUUACCGGAUGAAGUUUCAUUUGGCACAGAUAAAGAACAAGGAUAUAGUUCCAUGCAGUGAAGUACCAAACCAUGUUCGGGACCAUAUACAAACUAUACUCAGCACACCCAAGAAACAGAAGACUACUAAGAAACAGAAGGUGGAUCAAGUUGCCAAUGGUCAGCAGCAUAGCUCUUCAGCUAGUGGUGGUGUCCAUCCCAACCAUGGAUCAAGUGGACACAAUGAUAGCACUAGCCCUUCUUUGUUAUUCCCACGCUCUUCUCCAAGUGGACAACAAACAAUUGAUAAUGCUCAAAACCAAAAGCAUGACUAUGCUGAUAUAAAAAUUGCUGCCUUUUUCUUUCAGAAUUCCAUUCCCUUUAGUGCUGCCAAAUCAACAUAUUACCAGGAAAUGGUGGAUGCUAUAGCGGAAUGUGGGGUGGGCUACAAAGCACCAAGUUAUGAUAGGUUAAGGUGUAGCCUCUUGGAUAAAGUAAAGGCUGAUAUAAACGUGACUUACAACAAACUAAAAAAUGAGUGGAAAGAAAUGGGUUGUACACUCUUGUGCGAUUGCUGGUCCGAUGGUAGGAGCAAAACGCUUGUAGCUUUUUCUGUUACAUGUCCCAGAGGAACAUUAUUUCUUAGGUCCAUUGAUAUAUCUAGCCAUGCAGAUGAUGCUCAUUAUUUGUUUGAUCUUCUUGAAUCUGUAGUUCUGGAAGUUGGUGUCGAGAAUGUUGUUCAAGUGAUAACAGAAAGCACUGUUAGUUAUAUCUAUGCAGGCAGGCUUCUCAUGGAAAAAUAUCCUUCAUUGUUCUGGUCUCCAUGUGCUUCACAUUGUAUAAACAAGAUGUUGGAAGAUUUUAGUAAGCAAGAUUGGGUGAACAGAGUCUUGGAAGAAGCAAAUACCAUCACAAAAUACAUAUACAGUAAUGACUCGAUUCUUGCUAUGAUAAAAAAGUUUACUUCUGGAGCGGAACUAAUUAGGCCAAAAUUUUCAGGAGUUGUAGCUCAUUUCCUCUCUUUGAGGUCCCUUGUGAUUCAAGAGGAUAAUUUGAAGCACAUGUUCUCUCAUACAGAGUGGUUAUCAUCCUUAGACAGCAGGCAGUCUGAAGCUCAAGCUGUCAUUUCACUGUUGCACCUAGAGAGAUUCUGGAAGGCUGCCCAUGAAGCUGUUGCAGUAUCUGAACCACUAGUUAAGAUCUUGAGAAUUGUAGAUGGGGACAUGCCUGCCAUGGGCUACAUAUAUGCAGCAAUGGAGAGGGCUAAAAUUAGUAUUAAGACAUACUAUAGAAGUUUGGAGGAAAAAUACGUGCCAAUGUGGGAAAUAAUCGACAGAAGAUGGUACAUGCAACUUCAUUCCCCACUUCAUGCAGCAGCUGCAUUCCUUAAUCCUUCUGUAUUCUACAGCCCUACCUUUAGGAUUGACUCAAGGGUGAGGAAUGGUUUUCAAGAAGCCAUGAUAAAGAUGGCUACAGAGGAAAGGGACAAGAUUGAAAUCACUAAAGAACACCCUAUAUAUGUAAAUGCUCAAGGUGCUUUGGGGACUGAAUUUGCUUUAAAGGGCCGGACAUUGAAUGCUCCAGGUGAUUGGUGGGCUGGAUAUGGUUAUGAAAUUCCUACACUGCAGAGAGCUGCUAUCCAAAUUUUAAGUCAACCGUGUAGCUCCCACUGGUGUAGAUGGAACUGGAGUACUUUUGAGAACAUGCAUAAUAACAGACGUUUUAGAGCAGAGCUUGACAAAUCCAGUGAUUUAGUUUUUGUACACUGCAAUCUCUGGUUGCAGGCAAUUUCUAGAAGCAGAGACGGCAAGAAUAGGCCAAUCAAUUUUGAUGAGGUAGAUGUCAGUUCUGAGUGGCCUACAGAAUCUGAAGCUUGCUCCCCUCUUUUUGACGAUGCAUGGUUGGAUUAUCUUCACCCUGAGAGUAGAGGUAAUUCUUUUGCCAAUUAUGAAAAUUUAAAUUGAAAAAUUUUGUAUAUUUCCUGUUAUUCAUACUAGUGAUAAAAUAUGUUUGUAGCUAAUAUUGCAAAUGAUGAUGAGUAGGUUCAAGAUGAGUCUGCCAUUGAGUUUUCUAGCUAAUGUUUAUCCCUAGAAGUGGAGAUGUAUCAGGUAAUGUAUUGGUAGCUUAUUUUUAUACUGAUCUUCUGAUUAAAAUUGAAUGUUCUAGUUUUCUGUGAUGAUAUUUUAGGUAAGAGCUGUGACGAUAUGAUAGUGUAAGAUAACUUUAGAGCAUGUUGAAGAAAGUCACAACUUUAUGUAUCUCUUCAAGGUUUUAUGACAGACAGUUUCUCAAAAGGACAGAUUGAUAUUUAAGAAGUUGUUCUUGAAAAUUUACUUUCUUAGACUGCUAAAUAUUGGUCUUACCUCUAAAAGUUUUGGAGGAAAGUAGGUCCUUGGUACUAAACCACGCUUAGAUAAGUGCAAAGCCAAAGCCAACCUGUUGUCGUUGAUGUCAAGUUCCAUUGAGUAAAAGCAUUGACAAAAGAAAAGGUUUGGCUCUUUCUGAAGGAAGUUUUAGUUAACUAAUCUCAUAUUGGCUUCACUAGCUUUGUAUUGUACUGAAAAAGUAUUUUCUUCACACGGUGAUUGUUGGAUGUGGAAAUGAAGCAUGCAGGCCUUUAAAAUGAUCCAAACUAGGUGAAACUUCCUGUAGCUGUCGAAAAAUGGAACUGUAGUAGAGCCCUACUUGCUAAAAAACAGUUGACAAAGUGGUGUGCCUCAAAAACCGCUUUCAAUAUUUUAAGCAGGCAUGGGAAUCUAAAUUGUGACUGAUCUUUCAGUAAUUAUGGUCAGAUUCUAGCCAUAGCAUAAUGAUGCAAUCUGAUAUCCUAGGCAGGUAAAGUAUUAAAAAGAAAAAAUAAAUAAAGGUAUAGCAUUACUCUGGUUUCUUGGUGUUUCAUUCGCUGCUAAUGCCAGCAACAUGUUCUUAUUCUUUUACUGUAUACAAACACUAGAAAACUAUUUUUUGUCAUUUGUGCAAUUUCUGAAUCUGUUUGGCU